CUCGCAGCCUUUCCCCCCCCCCUCUCCCCAAACCUUCCCCCUCCUCACCCCUCGACCAAGGGCCGGGAGCCGCGGCGGGGCCGCUGCCUCACACCUCGUCGUCCCUUACGGAAGGGCCGGGAGCCGCGGCGAAAAUCCCUCUAUCCUGGAAGAAUGGUGAAACUGGGGAAUAAUUUCAGCGAGAAGAGCACAAAGCAGCCCCUUUUGGAGGAUGGAUUUGACACCAUCCCCCUGAUCACACCCUUGGAUGUCAAUCAGCUCCAGUUCCCACCUCCUGAUAAGGUUGUGGUCAAAACGAAAACAGAAUAUGAACCUGAUCGCAAGAAGGGAAAAUUCCGUACUCCUAAAAUAGCUGAAUUCACAAUCAGCAUCACUGAAGGGGUUUCAGAAAGAUUUAAGGUAACCAUGCUGGUCCUUUUUGCCCUUGCAUUCCUAACAUGUGUUGUAUUUCUGGUAGUCUACAAGGUUUACAAGUAUGAUCAUACCUGUCCAGAAGGAUUUGUUUUCAAGAAUAAUCAGUGCAUUCCAGCUGGGUUGGAAAACUACUACUCUGAGCAAGACUCCAGUGCUCGAGGGAAAUUUUACACAGUGAUCAACCACUACAACCUGGCCAAACAAACCAUCACACGCUCAGUGUCCCCCUGGAUGACUGUACUGUCAGAGGAGAAACUGUCCCAGCAGGAGACUGAGGCUGCUGAGAAAGCAGCUUAGAUUGAGGAGCUAAAGAUUAACACUGUCAUUGGAAGGCUUUGUCGAGUGUGAUUAAAUUGUGCAACUUUUGACAUUUUCACUUUGUGCAGAGUAAAGCAAGAAUAAGGCUGCUGCUUGGUGCAUUAUGAGGUAUGGAAAUACACAUUUCAGGAGAGAGAGAGAGAGAGAGCAAGCCACACAUUUCAUAGCAACAGAUUUACAGAGAACAUUCAGAUUUUACAGGCUGGAAAGAUCUCUUCCCCAAGACUGCCCUACACAGCAAUGAUUCAUGAUGCUUAAAUCUCCCCUUAUAUUUAGGACAAUAAAAACUUUGAUGAUGCACAAGUAAACACA